GUCCACAAACGUCUCCGACAGCUACAAGCACUGUUCACACGAUCCAUAGCGGCACAGUGAGGAUUCGUCAUGUCCGGCGUAUCCCCAUGCCGAAGAGCCACAUCCAGGGCCUUGAGCGCCGCGCAGCAAGAUUUGGCCUCAGACUAACCGUUGCGUACGCUUGUUGUAAAUAAUUGUAUGCUACGGCGCUCAGUGCUUCACACAAGCGUGUCAACACAGACAGUCCACGCGAGAGCGCCUGCCGUCUGGUCACGCCUGUGGCGACUGCCACGUGGAUGCAUUUUCCAUCGAAGCGCACCUGGUGAAACUCGGCCACGUACUGGAGAACAAAUGCAAUAUUGGAUGACGAUAGGAGCCGCUGUCGCCAAACUCGCGGUCUCUGUUCCAAAGGGUAACUUCGGACCCUCGCAGGAGUGGGAGGGCACACGGGAUGGGAAAUCGGCUGCCACAUUCAAAUCGGAACAGAUGCCGUCGGUGAGAGGACGUGUGACUGACCGACUGACUAACAAACCAUACACCUUGCGGUGCCUGGGCGUCGGUGAGAGGACGUCAACUCCAAAAAUCAGUCGACUGCCGACAGCUCGAACGCCGUCAGGUGGAACCCCAGCAGCGUCGCCGGUGGCCUGCUGCUCCUUCGGCGGGCCCUGCUCCUUCGUGGGCAUGUUGAACAUCGGCGAGCUGCCGAACCUGCCGAAGGCGAAAGAGUAGCCGCCGCCCACGAAGAUGGAACCUGCAAAGAUGUUCCCGAGGGUCACCGGGAUGAAAUUCCUCCAGAGGCAAUCUAGCACGGACACGUCGGCGCCGGCCAUCAUCCCCAUGGGGAUCAUGAACAUGUUGGCUGGGAUAUGCUCGAAGCCGAUGGUCACGAAACAAGAGAUGGGGAACCAGAUGCCCACCAUCUUGCCAACCAUGUCCUGCGCUUGGCCCUGCAGGAACACAGCCAUGCACACCAGCCAGUUGCAGCAGAUUCCCUGGAAGAAGGUGACCCCAAAGUUAUUAUUGAUCUUCUUCUCCGCCACCUUGAUCGCAAGCUCACUAGUCAGGCCCACGUUCAAGCUUCAGCCCGUGAACAAGCCCGCGAAGAGCAAGGCGCCAAGCAGAUUGCCUGGCCAAGCCAGCGCAAACGUCCUCGCGAUCUGCAAAGGGGGCAGCUUGCCUUCAAACACCGCGGCAGGCACGGUCGCCGCAGCGCCCGUGAUCAGCACCCCACCUGUGAGGAUGAGCAGCAGGUUCACAGGGAAGAGCGCAGCGAACACAAAGGUCUGAAUGGUCGGGUUGUCCUCGGCUGCGCUUUUCAGACCGCCAGCCACCACCAUCGACAGCACGCCACCGAAGCCAAUGUAGCAACCAGCGCAGAAGGACUGGUGAAAUCUUGACGGACGAGUCGCCACCCAACCCCACGCCCUUGUCCACCAUGCGGUGGAACGCCUCCUUGGGAAUUUUCAGAUGGACACGACCUCUGGCAUGGUCGCGCAACCUGCUGCGGACAGGGCCUUGAGCGCCGCGUAGCGAGCUGUGACGUCACUGUCCAUAGCGUGCGCUGGUUGUGAGACUUUGUUGUAUGCAACGGCGCUCUUGCUCCAGCCAAGCAUGUCGACACAAACAGUCCACGCGAGAGCGCUUACCCUCCGGCGACGUCUGUGACACUUGCCAAGGGGAUGCAGCUUCCAUCGAAGCACAUCGGGUCAAACUUGGACACCUAAUGGAGAAGAAAUGCAACAUUAGAUGACGAUAGGACCCGCUAUCGCUAACCCUAUGGCCACCGCUCCAACAGAGUAACUUCGGACCCUCGCAGGAGUGGGAUGGCACACGGGAUGAAGAAAUCGGCUUCUACAUUCAAAUCGGAGCAGAUGCCGUCGGUGAGAGGGCGUCUGACUGGCUGACAAACCAUACACCUAGUGGUGCCUGGGCGUCGGGAGGACGUCAACUCCGAAAAUCUGUCUGCUGCCGACAGCUCAAACGCUGUGGGCAACUGCAAGGGAUAAUACAACGGUUCUGAAAAAAUACUAAUCCGCACGAUGUAAAUGCCAGACGGCAAUUAUACAGUAUGAUGAGACGCUAAAGCCCCUCAGCGAGGCUGCGCAAUCAUAGGCCCUGUGCCUCAGGUGGAACCUCGACCGCGUCGCCAGUGGCCUGCUGCUCCUUCGGCGGACCCUGCUCCUUCGUGGGCAUGUUGAACAUCGGCGAGCUGCCUAACCUGCCGAAGGCGAAAGAGUAGCCGCCGCCCACGAAGAUGGAACCUGCAAAGAUGUUCCCGAGGGUCACCGGGAUAAAAUUCCUCCAGAGGCAAUCUAGCACGGACACGUCGGCGCCGGCCAUCAUCCCCAUGGGGAUCAUGAACAUGUUGGCUGGGAUAUGCUCGAAGCCGAUGGCCACGAAGCAAGAUAUGGGGAACCAGAUGCCCACCAUCUUGCCAACCAUGUCCUGCGCUUGGCCCUGCAGGAACACAGCCAUGCACACCAACCAGUUGCAACCGAUUCCCUUGAGGAAGGUGACCCCAAAGUUCUCCUUGAUCUUCUUCUCCGCCACCUUGAUCGCAAGCUCACUAGUCAGGCCCACGUUCAAGUUACAGGCCGUGACAAAGCCGGCGAAGAGCAAGGCGCCAAGCAGAUUGCCUAGCCAAGCCAGAGCAAACGUCCUCGCGAUCUGCACAGGGGGCAACUUGCCUUCAAACACCGCGGCAGGCACGGUCGCCGCAGUGCCCGUGAUCAGCACCCCACCUGUGAGGAGGAUGAGCAGCAGAUUCACAGGGAAGAGCGCAGCGAACACAAAGGUCUGAAUGGUCGGGUUGUCUUCGGCUGCGCUUUUCAGACCGCCAGCCACCACCAUCGACAGCAUGCCACCGAAGCCAAUGUAGCAACCCGCAUAGAAAGAUUGGUGGAAGAUCUUGAUGGACGAGUCGCCGCCCAUCCCCACGCCCUUGUCCACCAUCCCCUGGAACGCCUCCUUGGGAGUUUUCACGAUGGACACGACCUCCGGCAUGGUGGCGCACUCUGCUGCGCACAGAAGGCGCCUCCAGCAUGGCAAGAUGCAGAGCAAGAGAUGCGAUCGACAGCACAAUCUUGAUAC